AUGAGAGACCCUAGUUCUAGGGAAGAUCCUGAUGAGUUUAGGCCAGAGAGGUUUCUACCUUCUUCGAUAUCAGAACAAGAAGAUGAGGUAAGAGAGCAAGCAUUGAAGUGCCUUCCUUUUGGCGGCGGAAGGAGAGGUUGUCCUGGAUCAAAUCUAGCCUAUAUCUUUCUAGGAACCGCGAUUGGAAUGAUGGAGAAUCAAAGGAGAUAA